AUGAAAGAAAGGAAAACCAGAAGAAGUCAUACAAAUUCAAGAGAUGGUUGCCCAAAUUGCAAAAGCAAAAGAAUAAAGUGCACAGAAGAGCUACCUUCUUGCUAUAACUGUAUCAAAAAGAACUAUAGAUGUGGCUAUUUAGAUUUUCCUGAACAUAAACUACAGAUAAUUAGAAAUAAGAAUAAUAAGCGUUUAUUACAGGAGCAAAGAUUAUUGGAAAUGGUCACACCAGGAAUUCCACAACAAAUAUUACAGCCAUUACCACCAUUACCACAACAGUUACAACCACCACCACCAAUAGCAGCAGCAGCAGUAGUACAACCACCAAUACUGUCAUUGAUACCACCAUUACAGCCACCAUUACAGCAGCAGUUGCAGCCACCAGCCCCACCAUUCCUAUCAAUGCCACGCCCCUACCAUAAUAUUACUGAACAACACUCGUUGCAAAGUAACAAUGAUGUUUUUAAUCACGACAAUCCUACGUCUUACAGUCAUACUCCUGUACCUUUGCAUUUGAACGACCAGGCUCAGCUUAUAGAAAAUAACACCGGUUUUUCAAUGCCAGCGGCGACACUGGGUCCUCAAUAUCAUAGUAACUCAGCAUCAUUAUAUUCAUCGCCUUUGUCAACAACUCCAAAUUGUAGCAAUGAGCUAAUACCAAAUUUUCAACCUCCAACAAUACCGAAUGAAGAAAACUCAAUAACACCUCCCAACAUCUUUGAAGCUGUCUCCAAUGACAAAAUCGAUUAUUCCAUUGAAGUUCCAGGCUCAAAAUCAGAUUUGAAAAUCGCUCUUUACAAAGAUUCAGUAAGAAAAAUAUCCCUUGCACGUAAUGAUUUGCAGUUACCAUCUUAUUCUUCAGACUCCCCGAUUUACGAUAAACAGACUCCAAAGAACGAAGAUUAUCUAGUCGAUCUGCAACAGCAACAACAAAACUGUGUUAGUCACCAGAGUCCUUCACAACACUCUAAAAGCAACCACAACCAUCAGCACCAACACCAUCGUGAUAAUAAUCAAAAUUCAUUGCAGUACAAUAACAAUACUCCAAUUGACCGACUUUCUGAAUUUGAUACUGGCUAUGAAUCUCAAUCUAGUGAUGGUUUUGGGAACACAAGGCACAUUUUUGCUGAACACUUUGGUAUAGUAAUUACCAACGACGAUCAUGGAAUUGGUAGAAAUAAUAAUAUAGUCCAUAACCGCAGUAUGGGAGACACGAUUUCAGGAAAUGUCGGUAAGCCAUUACCUAAUGCUAGAAAUAGCCCUAUUUCAAUCAAUUUGUUAAACCCUACUGAACAUUGUGGAAUACUGUUAAAUCAACAACAUCAAGCAUUCGAGAAUAAAAUGUUAGUACCUACCAUCAAUUGGACUCUGGCAGACAAUAAACUGCUCUGGAACAGCAUGUUCAAUGGUGCAGUGAGCUCCCGUUAUUCCUUUUUUUCAUUCUUUAUGGAUCGUUCAUUGAAUGUUAUUUUGAAAGCAUGCAUUAAGGCCAUUAAUUCAGGAAGUAACGAAACUUGUUUUAACCAACAUGUUCAAGACAUAUUACUCAAAAAAUCGUACAUUUAUUACGGGACAUUAAUCAAAGACUUGAGAGAAUCAAUGGCAAAUGAUUCGAUAGAAAAUAGCACAAUAUUGCUGUGGUUUGCAAAUUGGUCAUUAUUCAUACAUAGAAGCAGCACUUUGAAGGCAGAAAACUUAAUUUUAACAGGUUCAGCAUCAUUAUUAUGGAACUGCUUAAACCAAUACCAAUCGACAACUCAACUUAACCCUACAUUGUCAUUCAUAAUCCAUUCAAUCAAAUGGCACACGCUAGCAUGUACUACCCCUGAUUAUAAAUUCAAUGUUAUUGAAGAGCUUUUUGAUGAUUUCAAACAUUUCAAAAGAUUCAUUCUCUUCAAUCAGGAGUUAACGACCAAAAAUAACGGAUACAUAUUAAAAUCAUUUGUUGAUUUGGAGAACUUUUUGCAACAACUUAUUGAAAACAUUUAUCCAAGAAUGGUAAAGUUAGACAACGAUUAUAAAAAGAAAUACGAAGUUCCAUCUGAACAGAUGGACCGAGGAAUACAGUUUUUUAGUCCUGAAGAAUUGUUUUCGAUUGUUGUAAAUUGGUUCAACAUCGUCCCUGGGUAUGCUUUGUCGGUUGGUAAGACAAUGACUCCUUUGAAAAGAACAUAUUACCUUUUUUAUGCCGCUAUUGCGGUGGCUCUAGCUGCUGUUUUCCCAUCUAUUCGAGGAGUCUUUUUGGUUGAUCCUUGGAAUAUGAUAUUUGCAAGGACCGAUUUUGAUAAUCUGAUUUAUAAAAUUUCCCCUUCGGACUUGCCAAAAGAUGAACAGUAUCAAUAUUUAUCCCAAUUAAGCAAGAAAUUACUCCGAGUAAUUAACUUUUUCACAACUAGACGGAAGCUAUUGUUGAAUUAUUUGGGAGUAAAACCACACCCAUUUCUGCACUUCAAAUAUAUGGAAAAAGUUGAACCAUUAAAUGAUUAUGAUAAUGUUGUUCGUUUUAAAACCGAGAAAAUGGAUUUUCAAGAAGUUAUGAUUACAAGUUUCAAUGUCAACAAUAUAAUUAACGUGUCCAAUUACCCUUUAAUGAGGAUGCUCUAUAAUAACAGUGACGACAACUACCAAACCUUCAAGAGAGUGAUAGAGAAAGAAAACCAUGAUCAGAAAGUAAGGAUUACCAAAUUUAGGGCCAACUACGAAAGGAAAGAAGGUAAAAACAUUGAUACUUUUAAUAGCUACGACCGUAUCAGAAGGACUCAAAGUGAAGGUCUGCAAGACCUGAACGAAUUGGAUGAUUUCGAUUACGAUAGAGGAAUGUUCUUGUACGACUAUAAUAUCGAACAUGCCUUAACCUGUGUUUUUGACAUAUUUGGACGUGAGGGUAAAGUCUUUGAUGAUAUUGGAACCAUAAAACAGGGACUUGAAAACUUUGAGUUGGCACAAAAGGAAAUAGCAAAAUGUGUUUAG